AUGAGUCAGAAAGAGUCUAUUUUAAGCGAUAGAUUAGAACAGGAAUUUAACGUACGUUUCGGACAUCAGCCAGAGUUCAUCGUAUCUGCACCAGGAAGGGUCAACCUUAUCGGUGAACAUACAGAUUAUAAUGAUGGUUAUGUAUUUCCUGUGGCAAUUGAUAAAUACCUUAACAUCGCCGCCAGCAAACGUUCUGACCGACAAGUGCAUCUUCACGCCUUAGAUAUGGAUGAGGAAUGUAUCUUCAGUUUGGACACACCUGAUGAUGCUGAAACGCCCGCUUGGAGCACAUAUCUCAAAGGUGUCGCACACUUAUUACAAGAACAGGUUUUACAAGAGGUUGGGCAUACACUGAAGGGUAUGUCUGCCGUAAUUACUGGAGAUGUCCCUAUUGGCGCAGGGUUAAGUUCCUCCGCUGCGCUUGAAGUCGCCUCAUCACUCGCUUUUUUGGGCAUUGCAUUGAUUGAACUCCAGCCUACGGAAUUAGCCGCGUUGUGUCAACGUGCUGAAAAUGAAUUUGUUGGUGUCAACUGUGGUAUAAUGGACCCUACGAUCUCGUUAUUAGGAAAAACGGACCACGCGCUGUUUUUAGAUUGUCGUUCGCUUGAAUACAAGCAAGUUCCACUCAACUUAGUGGAUAUGUUGCUCGUAAUUUGUAAUACCAACGUCAAACGUGAACUCGCUUCUUCAGAGUAUAACAAGCGGAGAGCAGAAUGUGAAAAAGGUGUUGAGAUUCUUCAGCAAUGGAUGCCUUCUAUUACAUCGCUACGGGAUGUAACUUUGGAAGAUUUCAAAAAAUAUGAAGCAGAACUACCGCAAAUUACACAAAAAAGAUGUAGGUAUGUCAUUGAAGAAAACACGCGGGUACAAAGUGCGGUUAUCGCACUCACAACCAAAGACAUUAGCACCUUUGGCACUCUCAUCAUGAAUGCCUCACACGCAGGUCUACGCGACGCUUAUGAAGUCAGUUGUGAUGAAUUAAAUGCACUAACAGAGAUCGCGGGCAAGUCUUGUGAUGGCGUUCUUGGCGCAGAGAUGACAUGGGGCGGG